AUGGAAACUAAGGGAGAUUUAACAGUCGUCGAACUCUUUCAGUCGCAAUCCUGCUCUUCCUGUCCGCCAGCCAACACGCACCUUCUCAAUACCAUCCAAUCAGACUCCACCAACGCGCUCCUCUUAACGUACGAAGUGACAUACUGGAAUCACCUCUCCUGGGUAGAUACAUUCUCUAAUCCGCGAUGGGAUGAACGGCAGCGGAACUAUGUUCGUGCAAUGGGCCUGAGAUCUCCUUUUACCCCGCAGGUCAUUGUCGAUGGUGGUGCAAAGAAGUUGGACGGAGGGUGGUGGAACGUUGAGAAGACUUUGGGGAUGAGGGAAAUGAAUGGAGGAGAGAUGGUCAAGUUGGCGAUUUCGAAUUCAACCAUGGGAGGAGGAAAGACCGUUGAGGUCGAUGGAAGUGAGACAGGCGCAGCUUUGGUAGAAGUCGUUUGGUACGAAAUUGAGCCGGCUCCAGUGAAGGUUUUGAGAGGCGAAAAUCGUGGGGUAACGAUCCCGCAUCGAAAUGUUGUUCGAGAUCUUCAACUUAUUGGAAGAUGGGAAGGAGGUGUUGAAAGAUUCGAGUUGCCAGAAAAGAGACACGGUCUGGAAAUGGCGAUCUUGAUACAGAAGGAGCGUGACGGCCAUAUUCUGGGAGCCAUGCGUGUAUAG